CGGGCGCCGGCGCCGCCAGUCCGAGUCGUGAGCGCCGCCGGGAGGUCGCGUUGUUGUGAGUGCAGUGACAGUGCUAGUGCCCGAGCCGAGAACCAACCGCCUGCGACCGAGACAUGCGCCUCGCGCAUCUCCUUUAACACCAAGCAACAACACAGGUGAUGCGGUGUCCGGGCGGGGUCCCGACGCGGCUGGCGGGCUGGCGCGGCGCGCGCGCGCUGCUGCUGCUGGUGUGCUGGGGCGCGCUGUGCGUGGUGUGGCUGCCGCGCCUGCGCGCGCCGGCGCCGGCGCCGCAGCACGCGCCUGCGCGGCAACUGCUGCAGUCCGACCCCGCCGUCUCCACGCCCGCACCCUCCGCCACGCCCGCCGCCGACGCGCACCUCACUGAGGACCGGCUGCGCGCCGACGCCGAGCGCCAGCUGCCCUCGCUCCCGCUCACCUACUGGUACAAGCACCGCAACGACAAGAACAAGUUCUACAAAUCGAAGGACUGCGCGCCGUUUCCCUCCGUGUUCGACCUCGAGUUUCACAACACGUACUGGCAGACGUUGCGCUCGAGUCAGGGCGUGUUCCAUCUGUACGGCGCUUAUCUUGACGCUCGAAAUGCCUCGCGCAUCGGCCCUGCCGUGAGAUUGUUGGCCGUGCACGACCGCAUCAAACCGACGCUGCCCACCCACUGCCAGCUCUGGUUCGAAGAACGACCCGAACCUGUAGUUGUACGCGUCCUCGAAUACAAAUACGUGUGGAACAGCAAGUGGGGCAACUACCGCGACGGUGUUCUGCAGCCGUACUUAUUAGCUUGCGUGCUGCCGGCGGACGUGCGCGCUCUGCGGCCCGCUGCCGUGUCGUUGGUGGAGAAGCCGUGCGACCGCGCCACCAACUGCCUGCGCGUGCACUUCGACGAGCCGCCCGACCACGCGCAGAAGGAGUUCGCCGUCUGCGUCAAGGGGCUCGACUUCCAGCACGAGGACCUGUCCGUGCGCCUCGUCGAGUGGAUCGAGCUCGUGCGGCUGCUCGGCGCCGACAAGGUGUUCUUCUACGAGCUCCAAGUCCACCCCAACAUCAGCAAGGUUCUCGCGUACUACCGCGCGCGGGGUAUAGUGGAGAGCACGCCGAUCACGCUGCCGGGCGGGCAGCCCAACCUGCCGGGCCUGCAGCACAUGUAUCUGAAGAAGAAGACGACGCACAAGCGGCAGAUGGAACUGGUGCCGUACAACGACUGUCUGUACCGACACAUGUACCAGUACCGUUGGCUGGCGCUGCUGGACAUAGACGAGGUGAUUGUGCCGCUGCAGGACCCCGACUGGAGCUCGCUGUUAAAGCGCGUGAUGCCGCUGGCCGCCCCGGCGGCCGGCAAGCCGCCGCGGUCGUCGUUCCACGCGUCCAACGUGUACUACCUGGACCAGCUGCAGCACGGUUGGGAGCCGGGCGCGCCGCGCUACAUGCACAUGCUGCAGCACGUGUACCGCACGCGGAACUUCACCAAGCCCGGCCAGUACGUGAAGGCGUUCCACGAGACGGGGCGCGUGCUGGCGCUGCACAACCACUUCCCGCUGGCGUGCCUGGGCGGCGCGUGCUCGUCGUACGCGCUGGACACGAAGCAGGCGCGCCUGCAGCACUACCGCGCAGACUGCGUGACGGCGCUGAGCAAGUCGUGCCAGGAGCUGCGCGCGGAGCCGGUGCGCGACGCCGCGUUGUGGCGCUGGGCCGACCGCUUGGUGCCGCGCGUCACGCAGGUGCUCACGGAGCUGGGGCUGGUCCCGCCCGACGCGCCGCCGCAGCGGUGACACCCUCUAGUCACGCCGGCGACGCCCGGCACACACUAAAUUAGCCACAGUACGCCCCGUGCUCUAACUAUAUUUUUGUAAGCAUUUAUUUUCUAUUCCUAUUUAUUGUAUUUGUAAAUAGUUAAAACGUAGACGGUGACGUACUUGCGUUGUGACACAUUGUUUGUGACUUGAAGUGAAUAUUGAGAUAUUCGAGUAUUGUGUAUAAGUAUUAUAAUUGCGUCCGCCGGGUGGCACCGGCGCAAUGGACAGAAACAAAUGGACUAUAUAAGUACAUAUACGAAAACGGGCUCCUCCACAGCGAGGACGGCCGCGGCUCGGGCGAGCGAUGCCGAGCGUUUAGAACAGUCAAGAACAAAUGUAUGCCAGCAUUUUGUAUGCAAUUUGAUUGAAUAGUUAGGUGAAUAUUGAAAUAGAUCCUAUAGCGGAACGGCAGGAGUUGAAAAUAAAAAGCAAAUCCUCACA